AUGUCCGCGGAGAACGCGCACGAGGCGCGGGCUGCAGCGCUGACGGAUGAGGACUACGCUCGCGUCACGCGCCUCGAGAAGGCGGAGCUGGAGAGAGAGAUGAACCUCGACAUGGGAGCGGAGGUCUUGGAGGGGAAGACGGUCAACGAGAUCAAAGCGCUCGGAAAGUCCCGCACCGUCUUCGGGAAGGGGCGCUUCUCGAGGCCCCCGCCCCCUGGGGCCCCCGCCCCUGCACCCCGCCCCCAGGUGCUCGGGCUCCCGCGCUCCGCGAGCGCCGCCGAGGCGAAGCGCGCCUUUACACGCCUCGCGCUGCUCAUCCACCCGGACAAGUGCUCGCAGCCCGGCGCGCGUGACGCCUUCAUCAGUGCAUUGGGUGCCUUUCGGGCGCUCUCCGAUAGCGGCGCGCGGCGGCGGCACUGA